UGUGUUAGUCAAUUGUAGCUAAUUUAUAUUCGUAACAAAGAAAGCUUGAAACAUGGACUUAAGGUGCGGAGUUUAAUCAGAAGCGUCAUCGUUAAGUCAUUUCAAAUUCAACAACUGCUUAAUCACGAUAUGAACAAAUUGGCUGAGAAAAACAAAGAUUUAGUUCAGCGGUUGGUCAACUGGGAUCGACUGUUAGUUCCAUUGGAAAAUUCCCUAAUAAAUGAAAUGACGUUGUUAAACAACGAAGACGAGGAAGGCGAUCGUUACAAACUUCGUGAAUUGAAUCGUAGAGCACAACAUCUGAUACAACACACACAGAACCAGAAGGACUGUCGCAGAGCAAAGAAACUAUUCUGUAAUGUUGAAGCAAAAUGCGGCUUCGGUUGUUUGGUUCAUCAUUACGGCGUCUGCUUGUUUCUAGCUAUCGGUACGAAUCGAGUAAUGCAAUGGGAUCUCAAGGCAAUCACUGACUAUCCUGGUUUAGAUGAAGUCUUCAUGCCACUAAGUGAAACAUGCAACAAUAUUACUGGAGGAAAGGAAGCACCAGAAUGGUACAGUGAAAAGAGUUCGAAUCCCACCCCGGUUGAUACAGAAGUUGUAAAAGUGACUCUAAUAGGAUCACGCGACCGACAGACUCCGUUUGCUCCAAUGACAAUACCGGAGGAAUUUUAUCCUCUCGUUGAACCGAUCCACGGAGAUCCUCUCGUGUGGUGGGCAGGUCAAGUUCAAAGUUAUCUUAUGAGACCCAAAGCAUGGGUGACGCGAGAGGUUCAAAUUAUAAAGCAAGAUAUUGGUUUUAAGCAUCCCGUAGUUGGUGUUCACAUUCGAAGAACGGAUAAAUCAAACGAAGCAAACUUUCAACGAAUGGAAGCUUACAUGGACCCUGUGGCGAAUUGGUACGACAAAUACGUCAUCAAUAAUGACGUUACAAACAUCACCAAACUUGUCUACGUUGCAACGGACGAUCUCGAAUAUAUGGAUAUGCUGAGAAAUCUAUACCCUGAGUUCACUUUCAUUACAAACCAACAAUCAACAAGCCACGCCGAUACUUCGUCAAGAUUAAGCAGCGAUGGUUUGAAAGGAAUCGUCACUGACGUUCAUUUACUGGUAGAAUGCGAUCAUUUUGUUGGAACUUUUUCAUCUAAUAUUGGACGCUUGGUAUAUGAAAUGAAGCAACAGUACGACUCGGAUCCCACUUUCACUACCACUAAUAUCGAUCAUGCUUAUCGUUACUGGGGGCAAGCUAUCCAACUUCACAAAGCGGUUAUGGACCACAAACCAUCCCUUGGAUUUUGCAAACGUGCUGCACCAGACAUGAGACAAAUUGAUCUUUCCAAAAUGGAACUAAUGUGUGAGAUUGAAAUUAAAGUCGGAGAUAUUAUCGAGGUUUCCCCCGAGUCAUAUCACGGCUACCGAUCUGCUGGCAAAAACGUCAGAACUCAAAUGUUUGGCGCCUAUCCGUUGUUUAAAGUGAAAGACAUUAUCAAAACUGCCCCGUAUCCUUCGUUUUAUAGAACCAAAUCGUUUGAAGUAGAGUGAUAAAUGCAUCUAUAAUAAUGCAACUGUUAGCUUUAUUUGUUCUAUAUUUUGUUUGCGUAAAAACGUUGUGUGACAUUAAAUGGUUCAAUCUUUAA